AUGGUUGUUUUCGUGACAAUCCUCCAGACUCGUGUGGGAGACGCAGUCGCCCGAUGGCUAUUGCGUUGGACUCUAGGUCGAGAAGUUCAGGGUCGAGACCUUGUCAGGUCAAUGAGUUGUGUCCUUUAUGGACACGUUAAUUGUGACGAGAUGUUUGACAUACUUGAGUCUAACAUCUCCCACCUCCACCCAGGAGUUUUGAUGGAUACCAGCAAACUGUUUCUGGGAGUUCUGACAAAAUGUAGGAGAGAUCACGUUUUUCUUUUGUCGUACAAUUCCAACACCUGGUACAUCGAGAUCUCACAAGAGACAAAAAGAUAUGCGAAAGAGUCGCUGCUGGAAGACAACAGAGCACUUUCAAAGAGGGGAGCUGUACGUUCCUCCCUAUAUAAAUGGCCCACCUCUAAUGAAGAUGGCAAAACAGUCGUCAAGAUUCCCUAUGUGGUUCAAGAUGAUCUUCACUCCAAAGCUAAAACUGAGUUGCAGCGUGCUAUUCAAGAUGUACACGAAGCUACUUGUGUGAAGUUUCAGGCUCGAAAGAGAGAGACCGACUAUGUUAGUUUUCAGCCUGCAUCCGGAUGCUUUGCCAAAAUUGGGAAACGCUCAGGAAAGCAAGAUGUUAUUCUUGGAACAGGCUGCGAAUACAAAGGAACAAUUUUACACGAGAUCGUUCAUCUGCUGGGGUUUUAUCACGAACACAACCGAAAGGAUCGAGAUUCAUACUUGAAAAUUUAUGAAGACAAUCUUGAUCCAGCUGUUAAGGACGAAGUCAUGAAGAAAACUGACAUGGACAAUUUGGGCUUUGCUUACGACUUCAAGUCCAUCAUGCAAUACAGCAAGACCACAUUUGCUAAGUCAUCAGGCCUGGUCACCAUGGAAGCGAGGUCAGAUCCUAAUAUGGAGCUUGGCAACGAAAACGCCAUGUCCGCGGCUGAUAUCAUGAAGAUUAACAAGUUUUACAACUGCCCACAGAAAAACGACGUGUAUAAAAACAUGGAGGUAAUGGUGCAAACUGGUGAUGGAUAUUGGGAUGGUUCCGACGCCUUUUUGUACCUCGAGCUGAUCGGUGAUAAGGGGAGCUCUGGGGAGAGUAGUGUUGCAAAAGGCGGCCUUUACGACGACUUUGAGGGGAAUGCGAAAGACAACUACCUUGUUGCAUUUAAAGACGUGGGCACUAUUCGAAAGCUGAAGAUCAGAUUACAAGAAAACCCUGACGGAAGUUAUUUUGACGGGUGGACUGUUGCUAAGAUCACCGUCAAAGACGGAGACAAAACUUACAUUUUCGGCGAAAGAGAUGUUGAUCCUGGAGAGACUGUUACUGUAAAUGCUUCCUGA